AUGUCGAGAAAGAAAGGUAUGUCUAGAGAAGAAAAGCUCAUGGCAAUGCAAGAGCUUAUGAUGGAGAGCGCUGAUAUUUGGACUUUAAAAGAUCUUGAGCGUGAUUGUCCAAAGAAAAAAGGAAUUACAGCGAUGAGUGUCAAAGAAGUAUUGCAAGAACUGUGUGAUAAUGAUUUGGUUUCGUUUGAAAAGAUCGGAAGUGGCAAUUUUUAUUGGUGUUUUCCAUCAGAAGCAUUCAAUAAAAGAAAAGUUCGUGAAAAUAAAUUAAAUGCAUCCAUUUCUGAAGUUGAACAGGAAAUUCAACAGCUGCAAAAAGAAAUACAAGAAUUGGAACCAGGAAGAGAACCAUGCGAAGAAAGAACAAAAUUAGAUUCUGAAAUAUCUACAUUUUCUCAACAAUUAUCGGAAAUACAAAAGGAGUGCAGUAAGUACGAACAAUUUGAUCCUGCUCAAAUCAAAAAGACGCAAGAACAGAUCCAACUAGCAAAAGAUGCUGCAAAUAGAUGGACUGAUAACAUUUUUGUUCUUAAGAGUUGGGCCACGAAAACAUACAACAUUGAAGGAAAAGCUUUCAAUGAUAGUUUUCAAAUUCCUGAAGAUUUUGACUACGUAGAGUGA